AUGGAUUCCUCCUGGUCUUCCUCUGGGAGCGGGGAGGGUGCGAUGGACCCUGAGUUGCAGCAUUUCCUCCAAGUGGAGUCGCAGAAGCAGCGCUUCCAGCAGCUGGUACACCAGAUGACUGGACUUUGCUGGGAGAAGUGCAUCGACAAGCCGGGGCCGAAGUUGGACAGUCGGGCCGAGGCCUGUUUUGUGAACUGUGUCGAGCGCUUCAUCGACACGAGCCAGUUCAUCUUGAAUCGACUGGAACAGACCCAGAGGUCCAAGGCGCUCUUCUCAGAAAGCCUUUCGGACUGAUCUCAGCGUUGCCUGUGCGGAAGAGCCCCCAAAAGCCACCUGAAACUCUCCUAUCAUUGUCAUAAACCUGCCAUCACCAAUGAUUCCAGUGGCAGCAGAGCCUUGCAGACAGAUCACUCCAUGACAGCCCGUCAAGCAGAAACGAUCAGCUAAUGGGAACCAGAAUGUCCUUUCAAGCAAUAAGGACUUCUUCAAGCCCCCUUGCAGCAGAACCAGAACUGAGAUAAUGAUCAGUAAAACCACUGUUUGCCCAAGAUUGCUUAAUUAUGAAAAUUUCCUGCCCCUUGCCCCAAUUCCUCUGUUUAAAUCUAAUAUUCUUGUCAUUACUGUAAAGAUAGGUUUGGGUGGGGGGAAGUCAUUGCAUCCAU